AGCAACAAAGAUACGAAUUUGAACGUGUGGACGAAUAUAUUCAGCUUUCAAGGCCUAGUGUGUUAAUUCGCUUCGGUUGAGAACUUGGAUUUCCUACUCUUGUUGUUUACUAAAGGCAGCAUUACGUUAGCAUCGUAGCUAACUAAAAUGCUAACAAUAUCGUUAGCUUCAGAUGCGUGUUUAAGUGGAACAAUGGUCAAAACUCACAGCACCAUAUCAGCGACACUCAUUUUUUUGUUUUUARCUGAAUGGCUGACACAUAUUACGUUAAGUUAAGUCACAUUACUUCUGGUUUUGUUUGCACACUUUAGCCGGUACGUCACAUAAGGACGGUGGUAUUUUUCUGUACCGGUUAUUUACCGCUACGUUUUUCUUCACACGCAAACGAAGAUAUAGAAUAAACCUGGGAGCUGCUGCUGCUGCUAAACAGUAAUCCUUCCCAAAGCAUCCAGCUCCAACCCCCCAGUCAACAGAGGAGAUAAAAUGCACUGAUGGCUCCCAAAUAAGCUGACAAGUUGAAGCAUUAAUGAAGAUGGAGAAAGUUCUACAAAAUGUCGUCGCCUUGGUGAAGGAGAACCAAAAUGGUAUACCUGUGAAGAAACUGGGUCUGUAUUACAACAAGAAAUACCGCAGCAGCCUGUCUCCACGGGCCUUAAAGUUUAACUCCAUGCUCAGUAUGGUUUCUUCUCUGGAGGACCUGGUUGUGAAGAACAAUUUGGUUCUUCACAAGGACCAUUGUCCUCAAAGUCAGGCCGAGGAUGGGGUUGAAUUUGGAGCUGCGUCUCACAGUGGAGCCUCAGCAGCCUCUCAAGAAGACAUUAAAAUUUUAGGUACCCUGAAAAAAGUUGCUUCCUUAAUGAUGGAGCAUCCAGAGGGCAUUCUCCUGAAGGAUGUGGCAAUCUACUACAGCCAGAAGUACCACAAGAAUCUGUCCUUAGCCUCUUUGGGUUUUAAAACUAUUGCCUGCCUGGUCGAAUCUUCGAAAACAGAACUGGUUGUGAAGGGGGGAAAAGUGUUCCAUAAAAUAUACCUUCCUGAAAGUCAGCCCGGAACCUCGUCCAGCCUUGUCGGGAACAGUGCCGCUGCAGCUUGUGUUCCUGUGCCUCAGCCGGAUGCCAGYCCUCACAGUGUGCUGCUCACUCAGCCAGAUCUGAAACACGGCACCCCUCUGGUUGCUUUUUCUUCUGCGUCUUCUACCCAAUGUGCUCCUGCUAGCCUGGUCGUUCCUGCAUCCACACCAGGUCAACAGCUGACCCAAGACCAACUGUACCAACGGGUUUUACAGGUGUUAAAGACGUUCAAGAUUACUUUUCCAACGAUGGAUCAGCUCCAAACCUGCUAUUCUCAAUUAUUUGGUGAACCAUUUCCUCUCAGGCAGUACAUGUCUCUAUAUGACAGCUUGGAAGCUAAGAGUCAACCUGCCAAAUCUGAACCAACACCAAAUGCAAAGACUGAUCCAUGGCAGACAACUGAAGCAGCGCAAAAUCCAACAAAAAGUUCUGAAAAAGAAAAACAACCAGACAAUGGUCCGAACCUACUUUCUGAAUCUGACUUGCUGGUGCUGGGUGCAACCACGAGCUUGACCAAAGAGAAGAAGAAGAAGAGCAAAGUACCAGAUGCUGCACAGAAAAAAACGAAUGUCCAUGUUUUUAAAGACGCUUAUCAUGCUCAGCUGAGGGAGGUUCAUGGAGAAAACAUGCGAGCAGUGGAGGCCAUAGAGGAGGACAAUGAGCUGACAUCGAAGAGGAGGAACUGGAGCAUGGAUCCAGAUUAUGUCAACAGUGUGGUGAAAAAUGCAAUAGGAGAAAUCGCUGCUGAGGGAGAGCUGGUCACCGAUAAAAAGGUGAUCUCCCGGGUGUGCGAGAUGAUUCCUUCUUUGGACCCAAGAACUCUAAAAGCUCGGAAUGUUCCAGCAUUAAAAGAUCUCGAGUACCUCAUGAGACAGAUCAACAUGUUCAUAGAGGCUACUGAGGCAGUAACAUCCAUCUGUACCCUUCAUGAGCUGGGCCAGUCGUUGGCUGGCCUGAAGGACAAGAAGCGCUAUGAAGAACUAAACCUUGGGCCCUUGUGCAAACUCCCCCUCAUUCAUCGCAUGUUUAAGAUUGAUAGCAACACCAAGGAUGAUGAAAUCCACGAGAUCCAGACUGUAGACAUCUUAAAGCAAAUUCGCAUUUUUCGUCGGAGGAGUACARCGCCCAAACUAGACUUGGCUGAGUUUUUGAAGUAUUUGUCAGAUCACUACAACUGUGAUUCUCCUUACGAGUUGGGCAUCAGGAUACACAGCUUUGGCCUGCCCAUAGCGAGUCUGACAAAGGUGGGCCGUUUUGAGAACACAAUGCUGGAGCAAGCCAAAGAGAUCAUCCAGAAAGAGCUGGAGGAAGAAGCCUUUGAGCGUCUUAGAAAAAUCAAGAAGAAUGUUUUAGAGUCGGUGCAAGGUGCAGGUCCCUUCUCCUCCUCCUCCUCAGGAAGCUUGGAUCUCAGGAAGAAGUACGCCUCUAUGCCUGCAGGAGAUGUAGUGCUGGAGGUCCUGUCCAAUGCAGUGGGAGUGUUCAGCUCCAGGAUGGUUAAGCACAUCGAACAGUUCCUAAUGCAGGUGUCUCAUGACCGUCUGGCCAGAGCUCUGUUUCAGCUGGCUGUAUGUGGAGGCUCUUUGGCUGUUCCACCGGACCUGGUGCCCAAAGAAAAGACCCCUAAAACUACAGAACAAGCUAAAACAGUGAACAAAGCUGCAGCAUCCCUCCCCAGUGAAGCCAAAGUGAAGCAGUUUCUGAAAGACAGCCUGGCUGCGCAGAACUCCACCAUCACUCUAGCCAACAUUGCUGCUCUGGAGAGGAAGCUGACCAAACAGUUUCUUCUCAAAGACUUCCUCUCUUUAGAGCAAGGCACCUUUCUUGAAUUCUUGGUGAAACACAUUCAGCUGCUGCAAGACACCCUGGGGUCUGCUCUGUUUCUGGGGAGCAACAUGGAGCUCACCGGCAGCAGUUUCCGACCCACCAGACAAGACGUGUUUGAAUUCAUCAAACAGUGUGGCGACGUCUCCUCCACUGAGCCAGACAACCUCUUUCACAUUGAAUCAGCACUGAGGUCCCACUACAGGGUCCGGGACAGUCGGGACUUGGGUUACGGCACCCUACACAUGCUGGCUGGCCUGGUCAAACGACAAAGAGAGCUUGCUGGAGGAGGGCUGAGCCCAGUCUACUACGAGUCAGCUUUGUUGGCCAAACACAAUAAAUCAAGCGCUGAGAGUGGACAUGAGUCAGUGGGGCGUUUAGGCGAGACAUCUAAGGCUCAGGCCCUCGCCAGCUUGCUCUCCUGCCCUCUGCUGGAGGAUUUAAGCCAGUGGAGCCAAUGGGAGCUGAUCUUCAAACCAGCUUAUGGCUCCCUCAAAGAUUUCAUUGACAGAAACGCUGCAAAUACAGGCCUGGUAGCRUUAGAGGAAACACCUGGCGUGCUGCUUCGGAUCACAACAGACACGGGAGACAAACACUUCAGCCGAGCGGCGGCUGCCCUCGAGCCCAUUGGCACAGCCGGCCACCUCGUGUCCAUGGUGGUAGCAGAUGGGAUCGACAACACCCCCACAGCCCUCCUGGCCAAUCACAUGGAGAACUCUCUGGCGACAGCUGUUGCUAAAGAGGAUCUGACCCAGGCUGAAGAGGACGUGAUGUGUUACAGCCGCGUGGCCAAGUUCCUGCUCAACUCUUUGAUACGAAUUCCCAUAAGAACCUGCCAGGCUCUCCUGCAGCAGGUGUUCCUGGAGCCCUUCUCUCGUGUCCUGGGCCAGGCCAAGUCCAAACAGGUCCUGAUCACUGUGGCCCAGUCCAACCCGAAACACCUGAACCACCUGCACCAGCUGGGCAUCCUGCUGGGCGUUACAGACUGGGUGAAAGAUUAUCAGAAAAAGCUGAUCCUGAAUCAGAGUCAAAACCAAAACACUUGUUCUGCACGUGUGGGUCAGGCUCAGCCUUGCUUUGAUUCUGAAAGCAGCAGUCCGUUUGCUGACAACUUGAGUGAAGAUGACUACCUUGAUGAUGACGUUGUGGACAGAAGCUCUGUGUCCUCUCAGCUUGACCAGAGCCUUGAGCAAGUCAACAGCGACCAAGUCGUGAAGUUUGAUGAGGAAGAGGAUGAAGAGGAGCUGUAUGAGCUGGCUUCAGUUGCUAACGGAGAGCCCUCAGACGUCAGUAGUGACGCUGAGGGAGGUCAGGGUGAGGAACAACUUCAGACGUCUGAAUCGAAUGAAAAGGACGCUUCCAGCUGCCAGUCUGAGACCCUGUUUCAUAAUCAAAGAGAAAUCAUUGAGGACAUCAGAAAAAGUGAGUUUGGCAUUGGGGUGGAACUGAACGCAGAGGGUCAGAAGUUGAUGCAGGUCCACCAGGAGCGACUGGGCCGCAGCUUAGACCGCCUCUCCACUGAGCUCUACAGCAAAGACACACACUUUGUCCUGGAACUCAUACAGAACGCUGACGAUAACAGCUAUCCCUCAGASAACGGUGUGGUUCCAGCGCUGGCAUUUGUAAUGGAGAAAGACUGCAUCACCGUCCUCAACAAUGAGACGGGCUUCCAGGAGAAGAACAUCAAGGCCAUCUGUGAUGUGGGUCGCAGCACGAAGGGCAAACACAAAUAUGGAUACAUUGGGCAAAAAGGUAUUGGCUUCAAGUCUGUGUUUAAGGUCACAGACUGUCCUGAGAUCCACUCCAAUGGAUUCCACUUGUGCUUCGACAAGACGUGUGGCCCCAUGGGGUACAUUCUUCCCCACUGGACUGAAGACAGGAGGCCCCUGGAUGCACAACCAAAGGAGAUAAAUCAAACCAGCUGGACCACCAAAAUCUGCCUUCCUCUGCGCUCUGAAAGCCAUCAGACUAGAAACCUUUUCCAUGACGUGCACCCCUCCCUGCUGCUCUUUCUGCACCGCCUUCGCUCCGUCACCAUCUACAAUCAGAUCAGAGAAGAUGUCGAGUCAACAGAACUUGCUCUGGCCUUCCAGCUGGGCAGCAACAUUGCAGAGGAUGAAAUCAUUUGCCAGCCUCAGAAGCAGCCGGUGUUUGCCUAUCUGCCRCUUCGCAGUUUUGGUUUCCGCUUCAUCAUCCAAGCUGACUUCGACAUCCCUUCCUCUCGGGAAGACGUGGACAGGGACAGCUCGUGGAACCAGUGGCUUCGAUCAGAAAUACCACAGCUCUUCCUCCAGGCCAUGGAUGUGUUCACUGCUCAUCCAGAGUUUCGGGGUCUGAAGGGUCUCUGUCAGUUCCUGCAGUUCAUUCCCCUCCCCGACGAAGUGUUGGACUUUUUCAAACCCGUUGCUGGGCAGAUUCUACAGCUGCUUAAAGGCAAGGCCUUCCUGCCGACACUCAGCUCAGAAGGUAAGGUUGUAUACAAGCUGCCGUCUCAGGUGGCCGUCUGUCAGGACGCUGUGAUCCGUGAAGUGAUUGGCGGUGACGAGCUGGAGAGGCAUCUGUCUCUGUCUUAUCUCCAUCCGAGUCUAAGCCCCCAGCCUCCCACCUCCCUGCUCACUCAGCUGGGAGUUCGACACAUUCGAGGAUCAGACAUUACCACGGUAACCACAACUAUGGCAAAGGAUUUGGUGAGCGCGAAGGAAAUCCACUCAGAGGGGGGCCUUCGGCAGCUGGCCAGGCUGCUGGUUUGUAACUUUCGAGCUAUAGAGCAUGGCUACGGAGAUGGGGAUUCCCUUCUGCAAAACCUCAGAGAUCUACCCAUAAUCCCUCUGGCUGACAGGCGUGUGGUGGCACUAAGUGGGGAGGGUGUGUUCUUUCCCAUUGAAGAAACCAAGACUAAGAAGAAGAAGAAAGCUCAAGCUCAGACAGAGCCACUGUCUGCAUUAUACAAGGACGUAAGCGUGAUACAUCCCUCCCUGCUGAACUGUUUGGAACCCCUGGAGAACCAACAGGUUCGAGAGCUGCUCAAAAGACUCGGAGUUCAUGAACUGGAGCCCCAAGAGCUGCUGGAGCAGCACAUCUAUCCUGCAAUAAAGAGUAACAAAUGGAAGUCGAAGCCUGAGUCUGUGGUUGUGAGUUACCUGGUUUUCAUCAAGCAACACUCCUCGUCUGGCCUUGAGUUUUCAGACAUCCAUGUACCCGUCCUCACCUCCAUGGGUCUGCUUUGCCCGGCCACAGAAAGGGUGCAUUUUUCUGAGGAGUACGGCAACAUCAACCUGCCAAAGAAACUUCCUGGCUGUGAUUGGAUCUUGCUGAGUCCCUGUUAUGUGCAGACAGACGGCGAUGUGGCAGGAUGGAAAGAGCUGUUAAGCAGACUGGGAGUCAGGGAUGGUCUCGUCGUUCGCAAAGAAAAACGAACGCUCACUUCUGAAGAACUGGCCUCCAGUCCCUGGUCAGCUGAAAGUGCAGCGUGGCACCGACAUCCCGGGGGGGACUAUGUUCUGAACGACUACCCCUGCGAGGAGUUUCACAGCCUGGCCACAGCUCAGCUGCCAGGCUCACUCCUCCUGCAGCAAAGGCUGGCUUUGCURGAGCUGCUGGAGACAAACUGGGACUCUGGACAUUGCUACUCUCAGUACCUCACAGCCCAGGUGCUUGACAAUGAUGAGCUGCCGGUAAAAAACACCAAGUCCUCCUUCUACCACUUCCUGUGCCAUCUUGAAUGGGUGCCAGCUUACCGACCUACAGAGGGAGAAYGGCAAGAGCGAAAAUUCCUUUGUCCAAGUUCAGCCUAUCUGGCAUCACCCGAAGUCACCAGCGUACUCGGGUCUCAUGUCUUUUACGUAGACCUGAACUCCAGCACGUUCAGCAGAAAGCUAGAGAUGAGAGAAACUAUCUCAGUAGAGGUUCUGAUUCAGUACCUGAAGAAAUGGUGUGUCAAACCAGAGGAGGAUGACCAGGAGAGACCACCUGCAGACCAAACCGUGGGAGCCAAUUUCACCUCAACUGUUCAGCACAUCCACAAUGUCUACAACUAUCUGCAGGCCAACUGUUCCCAGAGCAGCUUGAAAGAGCUGUUCCAGCACACCCCUGCUGUCUUCGUGGAGAGUAACAGGCUAAAUGAUAAGUGGUGUUCGGGACACUUCUACCAUCUGAAGGAAGUGUGCUGGAGUGACAACACGGCCAUGUUUCAGCGUUACAGACAGCUGACUCACAGAGCUGACAGACCAAUUCAAGAUCCCAGAGUCCUGGCUCCUUUCUACAGCCAGCURGAUGGCAUGAGAGAUUUCUUCACUAGACUGCUGAAUGUGGAUCAGAGCCCCACAAUGAACCAGUACGUCAUUCUGUUGGAGCUGAUCUGUUCUUCAGCACCCGUGCCAACUGCUGAAGUGCUACAGGAUGUGUCCGUACUCUAUGCCAAACUCGCUCAAAAGUGUAAACCCCUUAUGCCUGGAGACCUGGAUGGUGCUCCUCAGUACAAACUGAAUCCCAGCUACUGCUCCAGUUUGAAAGGGAUGGUGUUUGACAAGAAGGUCUUCCCAACCAAAGAUAACAGCUGGGUAAGCCUGGCACGUAAGCCCAUGAUCAGUGAUGAUAAAGAGCUGGAGAAGGUUUUCAAAGCCUACAAGAACGUCUGUCUGCUCAACCUGCCACCACCAGAGAAGAAGGCCAUCCCCAAGAGCAGGACUGGUCACGCAGUGGUAGGAGAGCAAGAUACAAUGCCUUCCUUCAAUGAGAGGGACAGACUUGUGUUUUUGAGGAAGAUCUGUGGUGUACAAGAGCUUUCUCAMUGUGUGAAAUCUGAGCCGCAGACUGAAAGCCUGAGGCCCUGUCCGUCCAUGCAGACCAUAGUGCGCUCAGUCAUCCCCUACAUCCAGAGGUUCCUCAGAAACCACGACGAGCUGAAUGAAGUCUACUCAGAGCUGGUUUACAACAAUAUAGCAGAGAAAAUUAAGCACCUUAAAUUUGGACAGGUGGGGAAGCUUUACAUUCGCUACCAGCUGGWUGUGGCCGACAGUGAGGACACAGUGAUAGAGCUGAAAGAUGUCAUCUGUCUGCUGAAGGAUGAGAAGGAGCUCUACAUCCAGAAAGACCACCUCACCGACACAAUGGAAAUCUGCAGUGAGCUGGUGAAGUUGUUCUGCACCGACAGCAGGCACAGAAAAGAGCUGAGGCAUUUCCUGAGCGGCCUGAUAGCCUCGCUCAGCGAUGCAAAAUCUCUGAAGAGAUUCUUGACCAAAGAGGACAUCGGAGAGCUGCCCAAUAAUGAGGAGCAGUGGGAGGUCCCAGAACCCAUCAUACCAGCUAUCAGCCUGGACAGAG